AUGAACGAUAUUCAUAUACUCGAUCUACCUGAUGAAAUGUUACGUAUCAUUUUUAAUAAAUUAAAUGCAACAGAUAUGCUGUAUUCAUUGGUUAAUGUAAAUCAACGACUUGAUCGAGUAGUACUCGAUCCUCUUAAUGUAAAAUAUCUCGACUUCGUGACUAAACCAUUCUAUAUUCGUAAUCUCUCGAUACAUGCUCAGAUUCUUCACAAAAUGCGUGAAAAUAUUUUGCCUCGAAUUAAGGACAAAGUAAAAAAGUUGACUGUUGAUCCAAUUUCUAUGAAAUUUAUUCUUGGUGUUGUUCGUUAUUCUCAACUAUAUUCAUUACCAUUAAUCGAUUAUAAACCAAAAAUACUCUUACAACAUUUAUCAAAUGAUACCUCAUUGCAUCUUGUUAUGAAUCAAAUAACCCAUAUGAAUGUUGAAGGAUUUCUUGACGACAACGAACUACUAGUCGAAGACGAAUUAAAUAUAUUUGCAAUGAUACUAUCAUUCAGCAGAUGUUUAAUUGAUUUGACUUAUCGUAUGCAUUACUCAAGAAAAUAUUUCAGAAUGCCAUCUUUAAUCAUUUCAAAUACAUGCUGUUUAUCUAAAGCUCUCACUAAAUUGACAAUCUAUGUUAAUAUUUUUGAUGAUUGUCUUUAUCUUCUUAAUGGAUGUCUCGAAUAUUUAUCUACGCUGAUCAUUCGUAUCAAUAAAAUUGACCGUUCGUCAUUAAGCAUAGAUCGAACGAAAAAACUUUUCAAAUUAAAAUAUUUCACUUUGACAACACCGCGCCAUACAAGAUCUUACAAUGAAGAACUUGUUCCAUUACUUCGUCGAAUGGUAAAUCUAGAAGAAUUAACGUUAUAUCUUUCGGUAGUAAGAAAUAAUUCAACCUAUGUCGAUGGUGAUGAAUUAUAUGAUGACGUUCUUAAGUAUAUGCCACGGCUAAACAAAUUUAUCUUUAAUAUUCAUACUUAUGUUGCUGGUUAUCGUUCAAUCAAUCUUCCAUCGAAUAUUGAUAUUCGGAAUAGUUUUAUUAGAAGAGGAUAUCCAUCUAUCGAUGCAUGGGCUGAUGAGAAAUUUAUACUUAGCAGAAACAACUGUCAUGUUUAUUCUCUUCCGUAUGGAUUCGAUGAUUUUUUAUUUAUGACAAGCUGUUUUCAAGGUAGUCGAUUCGAUAAAGUUCGAAAGGUAUCAUUUUACGACGAUUAUUCACUUGAACACCAAUUCUUCACGAUAAUUUCAGAAGCGUUUCCUUUUCUUCAACACUUAAUCAUAUAUAAUUCUUCACCGCUGAUAAAUAACCAAAAUUAUGCAUCAAAGUCAAUUUCAUUCAACCAUUUGGCUGUACUCGAUAUUCUGGAUGCACAUAUUGACUAUGUUGUUCAGUUUCUUUCUGAUAAAAAUACUCAUUUGCCUCAUUUGGCGGAUCUCGCAGUUAAAUAUGAAAAAUUAGUCGUUGCGACAAAUAAUUUUACUAAUAAUACAACACGUCGUAAUUGCACUAAUAUCAAAUGUUUACGCACCAUUGAACAAUUUGUUCGCGCGGAAAACUUUGAUUCCUAUUUUCCAUCUCUGUAA